AUGAGUGAUCUCCAGAAAACUUUCGUCAAAUCGCGGCUUGCUAGGUUUCCACCAGAUGUACCGGUGUUUGAUGAGCUUAGUGAAGGCCGGGCUGGGCCUGAGGCGUAUAGUGAACACCCCGAAGACGAUUCCUCGUCCGCAUCCUCAACUUCCUCUACUGGGACAAUAGUACCAUCUCAGAACCAGAAAUUGUUUGAACGUGGAUCUGGGUCAAAUUUUGCAGCUUCUCCUUGGAAAGACUUCUUCGAGACGGACCUCUUCAUUGAGGAUGAUAUCGGUGGCCUCCAGAUUAACCACCACGUAUACUUCACUUCCCCAUCCAAAUCAGGGCCUCUAUUUGUCACCCAUCAUGGGGCAGGCUCCUCUGGCCUAUCAUUUGCCGCCUGUGCUGCAGAAAUCAGAAGAAUCCUACCGACUGCAGGUGUUUUAUCAUUAGAUGCUAGAGACCACGGACUUACACGAUAUGAUACCGAUGGUUCACAAAAGCAUGGACAGGACCUAACAUUAGACACUUUAAGUCGUGAUUUUGUUUAUAUCAUCAAUAAAACCAAAGAAAAGAUGAAGUGGGAUUCUAUUCCGCCGCUUAUUCUAGUUGGGCAUAGUCUUGGAGGAGCUGUGGUUACGAACGUGGCCAGGGGCGGUGAAUUAGGCUCAAACGUUUUAGCUUAUGCUGUCCUAGACGUUGUAGAAGGUUCUGCCAUGGAUGCACUUCAAAGUAUGGAAACAUACCUCUCUACAAGGCCGUCAAGUUUCCCAUCUCUUGCCUCGGGAAUUGAAUGGCAUACUCGAUCUCGAACGAUACGGAAUACGUCGUCGGCACGGGUAUCAGUCCAAGGCCUUCUUCGAGAGGAACCCAACACGGACUCUGAUUCAGCUACUUGGAAAUGGCGCACAGACUUAGCCAGCACAAAACCUUUUUGGGAGGGUUGGUUCACAGGUCUCAGCAAGAAAUUUCUUGAGGCCCGUGGAGGCAAACUGCUGCUUCUGGCUGGAACCGACAGAUUAGAUAAAGAGUUGAUCAUUGGGCAAAUGCAGGGAAAAUAUCAACUUCAAGUUUUCCCAGAGGCAGGGCAUUUUAUCCAUGAAGAUCAACCAGUUAAAACAGCGCAGAUUUUGGUAGACUUUUAUAAACGAAACGAUAGAAGCGCCCUUAUCCUACCUCCUAAAGUGAGUGAUAUGUUAGCUUCGAAGGAUAGUGCACAGAAAUGGGGGCUUAAGUGA